AUGUCCUUGAUCGGGGGUCUUGGCCCCACCUUCCCGGUGCAAAAACCACCCGAAAGUCAGGCACCGCCACGCGCGGCGCCCGCUUGGGAUCGCCAUCAGACCCCGAUGGGCUUUCCUGUUCCCAUCUUCCUCGUCUGCAUUCCUGUCCAGGCCAUCCAAGAAUCCAUCCAGCUACUGCGCAUGGCCGAGACCACGGCCCAGACGAGCUUUUUUCUCGCGCACCUACGGGACUCUUCCAUCCCGGCCCUCCUCACUCGAAAGCGCACCAGUCCCGUGGUUCCUGGCCAUGCUCUUACCACUGUCGAUUCCAAGGUCCUGGAAUUCGUGGCAAACACCGAGAACCACUGCCUUCGUGGAAAGCCUGAAGGCGAGAUCCUGCAGGCCCCGGGGACGCUUGAGAACCAGGUGUCCGAUGUUCAGGCUAAGGACCCCGAGCAGGACCCUCGGCUGAGCAGCCAGCAGGUGUCCGACCCCAUCGGCCGAUCCUCCCUGCCCAAGUACAUCGUCCUCACCGCCAUGCGGUGCGCGGACCAUCCGGGGCCGAACCUGCUUCGGCUGGGCCACACUCUGGGGCUCGGCUUGCAAAACUCUCCGGACCCCUCCGCCAUUGCCCUCCUGGGGCCAGCCCUGACCGAGGACUUGGGCCCGAUCCCCCACGAGGUCACCUUCCACCACCUGCUGCAGUACGCUUCGGCACUCUGCGCUAACAUGGGUGAUCUUCUAGAGGCAGCCACCUGGAUUCAGAAGUCGACCGCGCUGGUGGUCUCACUCGAGACUGCCGCGGGGCCGCUGGCCUCCCAUGCUCCAGGAGGCCAGAGGAGCACACUCAUCGACCGAUCCGAGCGGCCGACAUCUCCGUACUUGGCCCGGCGAAUGACCCCGGCCAUGGGGCUCGUGGGCACGCUGACGGCCUACCGCGUUUAG